AUGAGAAAUAUAAUUGGAGAAUCAUUUGAUGGUGCUGCAAAUAUGCGGGGGGAAUUUGUUGGGUUGCAAGCUCUUAUUAGACAAGAGGCUCCAGGUAGCUUGUAUAUUUGGUGUUAUAGUCACAUAUUAAAUCUCUGUAUAUGUGAUUCAUGCGAUAAUAUUGAAGGCAAGAUUUUAUUUGGAUUAUUGAACAGACUAGCAACUUUCUUUGGUGAAUCAUAUAAAAGGAUGGACGCUUGGGUGAAACAGAAUAACUCAACUGGCCAAAAUAAACUGAGAAGGCUGCAAAAAAUAGAUGAGACAAGGUGGUGGGCACGUGAAAAAGCCCUUAAAUGGAUAUAUGGCAAAGAGAGCUUACUACCAAUAACGAUAAGUGCACUUCGAUUUAUAAUAGAUAAUAAAUCAUUUGAGGCAAAAACCUCAUCAGAAGCGCAGUCGUUGAUAGAUAAUUUAUGUAAAUUUAAGACUUUUAGUACAGCUGUAAUAUAUUUAGAAAUUUUUGAAAUAAUGGGGCCAUUGUCAUUGUAUCUUCAAACCAAAAAUUUAGAUAUUUUGUCGGCAUGGAAGAUGAUAGAAGAUGCUAAGUCUUCUGUGUCAUCGAUAACUAUUACAUCAAUUCAAAAUAAAGCAAUAAAAAUGGCUUCUGAUUUAAAUGAAACACUUUCAUAUUUAAAGCUUCCGGAGAGUAUCUGUGUACAGACUGCUCUGCCAAAAAUUCGAAUAGGACGAGCAAAGAGAAUAUAUAGUGAUGAAGGCCAGGAUGAACGUCCUCAAGAAUCGAUUAGGGUUGAAGUAUUUCGUCCUAUAAUAGAUCAAAUUAUAAACAGUUUGUCGGAACGCUUUUCUGCUAAUAGAGAGCUUAUUUUGAAUGUGCGAUAUUUGCAUCCAAGGCAUUUUGAUGACAUAAAUAGUAAAGGUAUUUCUGAAAUGGCCUUGGAAAAACUGGCGCAAUUGGCAAAUAUAUCGAGUGAUAAAUUACAUAACGAAUUGUGUUCAUUUUCUAGUGUAUUCAAAGAUUUAAUAGCAGAAUUAAAUUAA